AUGGUUUCUGGUUUUCCGAAAUUUGAAACGUGACUGCCUGUUUUGUGAACUGUGUGUUAUUUGUUUUUCUGUUAUUAUCCACGUGUGUUCUGAGAAAUAUGCAGUUGAAAAUGUCAAAGCCAUUUGACAAAAAUUUAGUCAGACGACUACUGGUACAGGAGAACUUAUUUAUCACGAAUAUAUUUUCAAAAACGCCUCUGCCUCAGUCGAAAAUAGUUUCAGAUGAAAACAGUAAAAUAGUAACACAUAAUGUCAAAACCAUGUCGAAAGUUAAAGGUUUUCCAAAAGUUACCGGAGAAGUGAAAAGAGCAAACACGUUCGAAGAGUUACACGCAAAACUCGAAGGUUUGAGAAAUGUGAAAAGACUAGGUUACAAAGAUAAACAGUUAAAGAAAAGUUUAAAAAACAAAAUGAAGAAAAUGUCGAAAAGGGAAGAGCGUAUAAUGCAAAGAAAGAUGGUAAAAACAGAGCAGAAUGCAACCGGAGGGCCCAAAAUAAAAAAGGAUGACUGUGACGUACCAAAGAUCCCAAAGCCAAAACCUGUAUUCAAUUCGGAAGGAAAAAUGGUGUUCAGUAAGUUUGAUUUUUCUGAAAUUGGAACUAAAAGGAAACCCAAAAGUGCAAAGGAUCCCAAGAAGAUAUUACUUCAAAUGAAACAGAAAAAAGAGAAAUUGAAGGAAAUGGAGAAGUCAGGUGAGAUAGAGAAAGCUCAAGAGAUCAGAGAGAAGCAAGCGUGGAACUCUGUCUUAGCUAAAGCCAGUGGAGAAAAAGUGAAAGAUGAUCCCGAAUUAUUAAAACGUUCGAUAAGUAGGAAGGAACAGAAAAAGAAGCACAGUGCCAAGAAAUGGGAAUCAAGAUUGGACAACGUCCAGAAAGGAAUUCGAGAACGGCAGGAGAAGCGGCAAGAAAACAUUAUGAAAAGGAAGAAGGAGAAGAAAUUGAACAAACUGAAAAAAAAUGCUAAAAAAGGACGGGUGACGCCUGGUUUUUAAAUUAAUUAGAACGUCGUAGUUUAAUCAUUUAUUUUGGAAGACUUUCGCGUGUAUCAUACACUGUUUGCUGCGCGCAAUUUACUGUAAGGUUGUUGUGCUAAGGCUUUGGAGGUUGUAUGCUGUGAGAAGAGUACGAAUGUAUACAUAAUUCAUUUGAACGAAGCUGUUUUAGAACGUAACGAGAACAUUACACAGAGAAUAUAUUAAAUUAUAGGGAUUAAUUAGCUUAAAUAAUAUAGAUACAAAUACCGUUGUAAUUAGUCCAUGCUUGGCAUGUAUAUACACACAUCGGCGAUUUCAUUCGCGUGAUGGACAGUGAAUCCUGCGUAUGCAAUACUACUGUUCACAACGCUUCAUUUAUACAUUUUGAUCAUUUAUUUCUUCAUUUUCUUUUUGUACACGAUUUUAACAAAUUCGUAUUUACAUUAACAUACUUGUAGGCGUACACGUACAUUAUCUCAUUAAGUAACUUUCGUCAUGUAAAAAGCGGGAUGGUUAUAGCGUGCUUUGACAAGUAUGCCGGUAAAAAAUUUAGUUCGCCUUAGUUUAUGUAUGUCGCGCGUGUCAGAUGUGUUUAUACAGUUCAUUAUAGUUUCUUUUAUCUUCUUUUUUCAUUUUCGUAACGCUUCUAAUCUUUCAAACUAGUUCGUGUUGUGGCACUUUUCGUGGUACAGCCUCGCGUUCUUCGAGUCGAAGGCAGACAGAUCUUCACAUUUCCAAAGGUGGACAACGUUCGUUUGUUGACUAGUAGAUGAUUGGUAGAUCGAGGACGAGGGCUUCGAUGUAGCCGCCCUCCUCAACCUCCUGCUAGGUAUCUCCGAGAACGGACGAUACGGAAUUUGCAUGCGUCAAAGCCGUCCACAAUGGACUGUGAUCUACAGGCAGUGGCACCGCCGAUUUCGCUGGUCGAGGAGACCUGAAAAAUAAAAUGAUUUGCGAUCAGAGAAAA